AUGGCUGUUAAACCAAUGCAGUUUCCAAAAGGAAAAGACGUGCCAUGUGUUUUCAUUUGCGACAGUCGGGACAACAUUUUGAAUGAUGAUUUCGAAUUUGAGGGUAUCUUGAGGCUGUUUCCAUUAGUCAAGCAACAACACAUCUUGACUAAAAAGGUCCGGAGUCUAAGAAAUGUUGCAUUGUGCAACCAAAUCCUACAGUUGGCAGGCAUAUCAAUGGUUACCGGGCAAAACUGGCGCACGCUGAAUUUUGGACGUAAUAUGUACGGCAAGCCUGAAUGCCAUGAAAUCAAGGGCUUAGCAUUCAACAUGUCAAACAGCAAUGGUAGAACGGCCCUAUACCUAGACAACGUUUCGGAUGUUGGGAUCGACUUAGCAAGCACCCAAGACUGUAGCCAAUUUGAUGAUGAAGACUACGUGUGUACGUUCAAAGACAUUUUCGCUGCUCGUGAGCUCAGCAGUCUCGAGCAAAUGACGCCUGGAGCGGCGAGAGAUCAAAGUUUCACUCACUACUGGUCACUCAAGGAGUCGUAUACCAAACUUACAGGUACGGGACUCAAUUGUGAUCUAUCGGAAAUUGACAUAGGCGUUUUACAACCUUUACGACCUGGAGACGCUGUUCAAAUAAUAGUCAGACAAAUAAGCAAUGAAACAAUAGUAUUCCAGUCCGAAUGGCUGGAUGACAGCACAGUAGUUUCCAUUUGUAAAAGGAAAUCAGCUUACGAGGAAGAGCAAAUAAUACCUAUGUUCGAGCUGAAAGUUGCUGAAAUUGUGAGCCUUUUGAAUAGUACGAAAUGA